AUGUCUCUGUCGCAACAAUCCCCCGCAGAUGCCGUCGAUCCUGUCUGGACAGCUCCAAAAUCCAUCCAGAUACCUUCCACUGACAUCUUGACGUUCGCCUUUGCCAAUCUCAGCCAAUAUGACAAUAGUUGCCCGAUUUUCAUCGAUGCCAACGAUCCUUCCAAUAGGAUCUCGGCCCAGCAGGCUCUUCAGACCGUCCGUGAACUGAUCCACAGCCUUCGAGCAUUGGAUCUGAAAGACGGCGAAUGCGUGUGCCUGCAUUCCUUUAACAACAUCUGGUACCCCCUGAUCUGGUUGGCGAUAAUCGGAUCCGGAGCUCGUGUUGUUGGGUCCAAUCCCAAAUACACAAAAGAUGAAUUGAUCCAUCUGCUCAGUCUCACAAAGCCCAAGAUCAUCUUCGCCCAGGUGGACUGCAUGGAACCAAUGGUCGAAGCACUCGCCCAAUGCGAAACCGACUCCCAAAUCUUCGUCAUUGGGUCCCAUAGCACCUCACAUCAGGUCCAAGGUCGAGGUUAUGCCAGCUGGCGUACACUCUUGCUCGGGGCUGAGUGUAGUUGGUCGGCUCGCGCCGCAGAUGGCAAAGCUGACCAAGAACGUAUCGCCGUGUAUGCCAUGACCAGUGGAACAACCGGUCUGCCCAAGGCGGCCAUGAUUUCGCAUCGGUAUAUCGUGGCCUUGACUUCAACCUUGGAAGAUGCAUUCCGUAGCAGACAAUACCGACCAUCACAACUCAUCUGUCUACCUGUCUUUCACGCAUUUGCAUCACCUUUGGCCCUGGUCUUGCCCCUGCGAUUGGGUCUUCCCACUUUUUUUCUGCCGAAGUGGUCGCUUUCGGAAUACUUGCAAGCCCUCAACACGUACGCCAUUACUGAUACCCCAGUAUCUCCACCAAUUGUUGGCGCUUUGACCAGGCUCUCCGCCUCAGACAAGCUCCUUCUCCAAAGCCUCCGCUAUGUCAUCUCUGCCGGUGCCGCUCUUCCUGCAAGCGUGCAGAACAAGUUGUACGAUGUCUUGGAUUCCGAGGCAGUCAUCGCCCAAUGCUGGGGGACGACCGAGGCAGGCUGGCACUCUUUAGGCAGUUCGCAAACAAGGGACCUUUCGGGAAGUGUCGGGCAAUUGAUGCCCAAUGCUCAAAUGAAGUUGGUGGGCGAGGAUGGGAAUCCGAUUGUCCAGGAAGGCACGGCUGGAGAGGCGUUGAUCAAGACUCCGACAAUGUUCUCUGGGUAUCUGGGGAAUCCAGAGGCUAACCGUGAUUCCUUCGACUCUCAUGGGUUUUACCGCACCGGUGAUCGGGUGGCUGUUCAGGAUGGUCUCCUGUAUUAUUCUGACAGAAUCAAAGAGACCCUGAAAGUCAAAGGGUGGCAAGUCUCGCCGAGCGAGAUCGAAAGUGUUCUCAUUCAGCAUCCCCAGAUUUCGGAUGUCGCUAUUAGCGGGAAGAUCCAGAGGAACGAGGUAGGCCUGUCGGAGACGUUUCCAACCGCAUAUGUGGUUCGAUCAGGCGGUGGCCAUGGGCCUCCCUUGACGGAGCAGGAGGUCAAGGAUUUCGUCGCUGCCCGGCUCAUCUCAUACAAGCACAUCACAGGAGGUGUCAUCUUCGUCACGCAAAUCCCUCGAUCCCCCUCUGGAAAAAUCCUUCGUCGAAAUCUCCCUAGGGCAGAGCGCGAUCUGUCGAGCGAAGACAUGAUGCCAGAAGAGGCUGAAGACGACGCGGGGCCCGACCGCAACUGA